AUGAUCAUCGCCGCUAUCGCAUUACGGAAGCCGGAGAACCAGGAGAAGGUGAAAGAGGUAUUCAAGAAAGGAUGGAAGCCGGCCGGCGACCGACAGAUUCAUCGAGAUACAUGGAAGUCGGACGUGAUGGGCAUGGCUACCGGGAAGAAGAAAGACCCAUACGAAGCAUCUCGCAACCACCAAUCCAGUCCGCUCGCGACUCUCAAGGAUCCAGAUUCAUUCGGUCCGCCACCAAAGCACAGCGCUUACUAUCCGAAUGCGAUCACGGCAGGCUCGAGUUCAAGCACUGCCGCGCGUGGUGGGUUAGGCGCAGCGGUGCCUGCAUCUGCGACUCUACGUAUAGAAGAUGGUCAAGCACAGGAACAAGAGGAGGCGGCGACAGCAGUGGUAGUGGCCGAGCAGCUGCCCGUUGUCCCGUAUCGGAAAGAUACGACCGGCUUGAGGACAGAUCACCUACCGAAACCGCCCGUGAGACGUGCAAAUGGCGAUGUCACGGCCAGUCCAGUCAGACGCACCCAUAGCGAAACGCUUGCUACUCCCGCACGGACGUCGUCGCCGAGCCUACCUCCAAGACAGACAACGACCGCGCGCCCCGCGCUACCCGCUCUGCCCACGCGACAAGCUAGUAAACCGCCACCGGUUCUGCCUCCUCGCAUGACGGAGAAUCCAAACGAGUACACCCCUCCACCACCGCCGACCUACGGCGAGGCUGUGCAGGCACCUUCAGAAGACCCUGCGAUCAUUAACGCUGGUGCAGCUGCACGGCUCGGUCAAGCCGGAGUUUCUGUGCCAGCCUUCGACGUUGGUGCACAAUCAGCGGCACCUCGAGCACCACGACCUCCGCCUGCACAGCCACGAGGACCGGAGCUUAGCGAAUUACAGGCGCGCUUUGCACGAAUGAAUUCAGGUGCUGAGGCGCAGGCGUCGCCUGCUCCAUCCCCUGCACGACUUAUACGGACGACUACCGAUGUUGACACGCAAAUGCCGCUACCCACAUCGCCUGCGUCUGUGGCAGGCAAGAAGAAGCCGCCUCCGCCGCCUCCGCCGAAGAAGAGCGGCCUUGGAGGCAAGCCUUCAAACAAUGCUCCGGCGCCGCCACCUGUACCGAUGUCCAGCAAACCGCGGCCUGGUGGAUGA